GCGGACGUGAUCUUACGUUAAACCAUGUACAUGUUCUUCUCUUCUCACAGGCUCCGAUGAUCCGUCAAAUAAAGUUACGCGUCCACUACCAUCACCUACCAUUAUUCAUCGCCAUCGCCAUCGCCAUCAUCCUCCAGCUUCGAUCAUUAAUGAAAACCUCUCCCUCCUCUAUCCUUCCAGCUUUCUCUAAACUCGGAAAAACUUUCAUAACUACCACUCCCUUUCUCUCUCUGUGAUCGAUCACGACGAGAAAUGGAGAAGCCGGCGCAGCUCAAGAAGCUCACGAUCCAAAUCGACCGGCCCAAGUCCGCCGUCUGGGACUGCGGAAGCACGCUCUAUGACUCCUUCGAGCUCAAGUCCUUCAAGAACCAGCUAGACUCCGCCAUCUCCUCCCGAACCCUCUCCAUGCCCCACCUCCCCGACCACUGCGUCCCCACCGCUGUCUUCGACCCUGCGGUGCCUACCCAGCCGAUAUCUAGUUACAAGAAGCCCUCGAAGAUCUCCCGCUCGCUCAACAAGCUGGUCCGGUCUAUCUUCAGGACGAAACGGGGCUCGUCCGGUUCGAUGUUCAGAGUCAAGGGGGACCGCCAGGGGCGGGACGGGUUCUACAUCCUCUAUGACAAGUCUGGCGCCCUGACUACUAUCCCAGAGGCUCCCGAGAUCGACCACCUGGCGAGCCUCUCUCCGGAGAUCAAUUCCUUGGUGAGGAGGACGGCGUCGGACAGGUUCGCGGCCCCUUCCGUCGGCAUCUCAUGUGCUCAAAAGUAAACCCGGCCAACAAAUAUAAAAACAAUAUUAUUAUGCUCUUACGUGGUAUUUUGCUACUGGAUGUACAUACGGUCAAAGGAUGAGUUUUGGUCCGUUAAAUCUUCUAUAGAGCGUAAACAUACAGAUGCAGUUAGAUAUGAUGUUGGGGAAAUAUAUCUUUGCAACAUUGUAUGUGAUUAUCUUCGAUUUGAAGGGAGCUUCACGAGUUUAAUGAAGAGAUCAUGAAAACCUUAUGUAACUGUUUACAUGAAUUGAAAGUGCUUGAAAUAAUACAAAGCCAAGAGGAUACAUAUUCAUGCAACUUAAUUUACUUGUGAUAUAAUAGUAUUUUCUAGUAGGAUAAAUUUGAAGAGUGUGUGGGUUUUCUUCGAGGUCAUUUUGUAUCCUAUUAUAGUAUCAGAGUCUUUAUAUGGGCAAUUUUUUGGCAUUUAAUAUUUCACCUCUUUUUUUAUUAAAAGAAGAUGUAGCGUAGUGACGCAUGUCCUCAUCUGUUGACCUAGAGAUCACAGGUUUGAUACCUAGUGAGACUACCCGUACCCCUUUAUUAAUUAUUUAGUGUUUUUCUUUCAUUGUACUAGAUUUUAGACCUCCUUUAUAACCAACAAAAACUAUUUCAGCUCUUUCUGGGCCGUUCUCGGCCACUUUUGGCCAA